UCUUGUAUGGGGCGAGUACCGGAUCUGGAGCCAACCAAUUAGAUGCUCCAUUUCAUCGAUAAUAAACCCACCUGCUUCGCGAGGAAAUACAUGGAACUGGCACACUAACCUUAAAAGUAUCUAAUGUCUUCAAGAUAGAUGCACAACCCCUAACCUUCAGAUCAAAAAUCAACUUCCAAAAAUGGUGACAAUUUCUAUACCCAUUUUCAGCCGACCUUUAUGUCAUCUAAUUUCGUUUAUCAUCUUCCUCGUUGCCCUGUUUUCAGCUCCCCAUUUCUCACUUUCUCUCUCUAACAGACCCUAUUUUGAUCCCAACCUGGUUCUGAUCGGUGACGCCAAGUUUACAAAUAACGGCCUUUCUAUUCAGCUUAAUGACCCGAAAAACUCUUUUCCGAGCUCUGGAUGUAUGAUUCAGAAAAAACCGAUCAAGAUUUUCAGCUCAAAGUCAAGGCCCAUAAGACCAAUAUCAUUUUCCACUGACUUCACGUUCUCAAUUUCACCUCAUAGCGGAGAUGGGCUGGCCUUUAUACUCGUGUCCAGGAAGUUUAUGCUGAAAUUUCAAAAGAAAGAUUUUGGACUUCCGAGAGGAAGUCCGUUUUUUGCAGUGGAGUAUGACACGUUUCUUGAUGAGAAUCUAGGGGAUGUGAAUUCGAAUCAUGUGGGAAUCGAUGUGGGUAGUCUUGUUUCGAUGAAAACUAGCAAUGUUUCGUCAAUAAAUUUGGUUUUGAAUAGUGGGGUGAAGCUACAUUCAUGGAUAGAUUAUGAUUCGAGCUCAAAAAGAUUGGAGGUUAGGUUGAGUAAGUUUGGUCUUGCCAGGCCCUACGAUCCACUGUUAGUGUAUCCUAUUGAUUUAGGAGAAAUGUGGAGAAAUGGAGAAGUAUUCGUGGGAUUGAGUUCAUCUAGUGGAAACUCGAUGCAGACUGGUAAUGUGUAUUCUUGGAAAUUUAAAACAAGGAGCGUUCCAAAUUGGCUACAUUCAAAACCAGUUGAUCCUCAGGUGUUUUCUAAUGUUCGUAGCGAGGAGAAAAGAAAUAAUAGGAGAUGGGUUUGUGUUCUGGGAUUUCUCUCGGGUUUUAUUACGAUUGUUGGGUGUGGAGCGAUUAUAGCACUUGUUAUAAUGUUCGUGUGGGCAAUAAUUGAAAAUAGCCGGGAGACAAUUGUAACGGUCCCAACAACGUGUAUGGUGCAGCCAGGUGAUUUCAAGUACCAAAAGAUCAAUGUAGUAAUAAAUGAUAACUCGGUUGAUGUUAAGCAUUAGAUGCUAGUGUAAUUGUUGUGUGAUUGUGUUUUAUGCUUUGUACUGUAAUGUGAUGGACAGGCUAUAUAGUUUCUGUUGCCCAGGAUGAUGAGGGGAAGCCAGAUGUUUGUGUUUGAACAUGAAUGUUAAUUUUUAGUGUUUCUGUUCAUGUUCUUCGAUUCUGUAAUUCUAGGACUGCCAAGUGUUAUUACUAUGUCAAAUGCAAACCAUUUUUAUGAUUCUGUUUUUGUUUAAA